AUUCAUGCUCUGCAGAGUCUGCUUUUAAAGCCAGUGUAAAGUGAUACUUAUGGGGAAAGGGAGGGAGGAGCAGCUCGGAGCAGCGACUUCCUAAAAACAUAGUCCCCCUCUGCCUUUCUGGUAUGCGUAUGAGACGCGUUGUGCCGUUGGAGACGGUAGGUUACAGACCGACUCGACUCUUCAGAACUGAACUCGGCUCCUCUGUGGCUGACUGACCCGGUCCGGGCCCGCUGCUUUCACUUUGGCCGCGGAGGAGUGGCUACUCACCCGAGUCGUGGAGCUCCUGGAUGGAAACGGACAGUCUGCUGCCCGCGAGCACAGCCUCCGGGGACUAUGGCUCUGGGUCGGACAAGUCGCGGACGCACUCUGUCGACCGGGAGCUGUGCAGCGUUACCGGGAACGCAGAUCAGGAGGACUUCUACAUCCAGCAAGCUGUUGUGUUCAUUGAAGACGCCAUUCAGUACCGUUCUAUCAAUCACCGGGUGGAUGCCAACUCACUCCGCCUGUAUCGAUGGUACUAUUCCAGGAUAUGUCAGUGGGGCUUGGGCCUGACCAUUGCGUUGGUGUUGCUGCUGGCAUUUGUGGAGCGUCCAUCCUCCAUGUCCAUCUCCUCAGACCCUCGUUAUCGCUCUUCACCCUGGCAGCCUCCUUGUGGGCUCACCGAGGCCAUUGAGAUGGUCUGUCUGAUCAUCUUCACUUGUGAUCUUGCUGUCAAGAGCUACUUGAUUGGCUGGGAAGAAUUCAAGAAGAGCAAAUGGCUGAUUGGCUACACUGUAGUCAUUACAGUCUCCGUCAUCGACUGGGUGUUGUCCAUCAGUAUGGUGUGUGAUGAGAAACUGAGAGUGCGACGGCUCUUCCGGCCAUUCUUUCUCCUGCAAAACUCUUCUCUGAUGAAAAAGACACUCAAAUGCAUCAAGAGGACUCUGCCAGAAAUUGCCAGUGUCAUCCUGCUGCUGGCGCUCCACCUAUGUCUCUUCACUAUGAUUGGAAUGCUGCUGUUUGCUAAAACUGAGGAUCCGAACAAGAAUGAGGAGUGGGAGUUACAUUUCAGAGACCUGGGCAGCUCCCUCACCUCUCUGCUGGUGCUGCUCACCACAGCCAACAACCCGGAUGUGAUGAUCCCUGCCUACUCCCUAAACAGAGCCUACUCUAUUUUCUUCAUCACCUUCAGCGUUAUUGGAACCUACUGUCUGAUGAACCUACUGACAGCCAUCAUCUAUAACCAGUUCAGGGGAUAUUUACUGAUGUCGGUCCAAACAUCCAUCAUGAGAAGACAGCUGGCGAUCCGAGCAGCUUUCCAUGUCCUCAGUUGUCACGGGGGACAACAUGGUGUUCAGGAGCGUGUGCAUGUUGACGCAGUCCUGGAGAUGUUGUCCAGAGUUGGGAUGAAAAGCUACUAUAGAGCGGCCAUCACCACGAUGACACGGCAGUAUGCAGAUGUUGGCUACAUGGAUCGAGACCAGUUCAAGAAGAUUUUUGAUGAACUGGACAAAGAUCGCAUCAAGGAGCACCCUCCCCUCCCUCAGUACAGCUCUCCAGUUCUGCAGAGACUCCAGAUGAUCUUCAGCCACUACUUUAUCAUUGUACUUGGCAACGCGGUGGCCCUGGCCAAUGUCGUGUGCAUAUGUACUGUCCUGGUGUUGAAUUCUGAAAAGUCUACAGCAGAGAGAGACAACUUCAUCUUGGAGAUCAUCAACUUGUGCUUCAUCUUCUACUACUUGUUUGAAAUGUGUGCGAAGAUCUUUGCCUUCGGCUGGAAAGGGUACCUGUCCUACAGGAACAACGUCUUUGAUGGCUUUCUCACCAUCGUGUUAUUGACCCUGCAGAUCACUACAUUUAUCAUCUACAGGCUUCCUUAUUCUCAGAGGGACCCCUCCUCCCAUAAUAUAAUGUCUCUAUGGGAGAUGGUUCGCUUGGUCAACUUGCUGAUUGUGUUCCGCUUCCUGCGCAUCAUCCCAGACAUCAAGCUUAUGGCUUUGGUUGCAAGCACACUGUUGGACCUGGUGAAAAACCUCAGAGCAUUUGCAGGGAUACUGGUGGUGGUGUAUUACGUGUUUGCUGUUUUUGGCAUCUGGCUGUUUGAAGGGGCAAUUAAACCUCCUCCGGAGAUGAGUGUGGUAUCCAAUACUUCAAUGGAGAACAUCACCUCUAACUUCAGCAUGGAGUGUGGCACCUAUGAACAGCUACAAUACUGGCCAAACAACUUUGAUGACUUUGGUGCAGCCAUCAUUUUGUUGUAUGAUGUCAUGAUAGUCAAUAACUGGCAGGCCUUCAUGGAUGCAUACAGCAGAUACACCACCGAGUGGUCCAAGAUCUACUUUGUGUGUUGGUGGCUCACGUCCUCUGUCAUGUGGGUCAACUUGUUUGUGGCGCUCAUCCUAGAGAACUUCACGUACAAAUGGGACCGCUGUCACAGCUGCUCUGUUACAGAUGUGGAGAGGAUCAGAUAUGAAACCUCUGUUCAACUCAUGUUCAAAGAGCAGAUCCAAGAGCCAACAGAAGAGGAAUUACUUUGUCAACUACAUCAACACCCCCACUUACACCUGGAAUGGUGACACAAGGACUUGACAUCGACCAGUGCAUUAAGAUGUAUUAAACAAAAGGAUAAAAAGGGACUCAGACUAAAAAGACUCACUCUUUCUGUUAUCUGAAUGAGAAAACAUGGUGUGUCGUGUUAUUGGUUUAAUAUAUUGUUACAGUCAAAUUCAUUUUAUUUGUGGAAAUGUUUUUAUUAUAAGACGUAUGGUUGUUAAUAAAGAGAUUUUUUUAAAUAAAUGUUUUACAAAAAAAU